AUUAGCCCUUCAAUUUUCCAUUAUAUUACAAAUCACCCCCUCCCACUUCUAUAUUUCCUCAAAAUUGUCUCUUUCUCAGCGUUUCUUUUGGUAAAGACUAAAGACCAUCUUCUGAUUCUUCUCUAGCGUCUCAAUUCAGCUACUUUACAAUGACUCGAGGAAAUCAGAGGGAAAAGGAUCGGGAAAGAGCUGCAGCUCGGGCUGGUAAAAACAAGAAAAACGAUGAUGGUUUGACUCCUGAGCAGCGCCGUGAAAGGGAUGCAAAAGCUCUGCAAGAGAAGACUGCAAAGAAAGCAGCAAAAGAGGCAGCAGGGGGUAGCAAUGCUGGAAGUAAGGACACGAAAAAAUAGAUAGCUGCUGUUUGCUCAAUGUGGUUUGUUAGCUUUCUGGGGAUUUAUAGAUUUCAAUUAUGUCUUAAAACCCUGAUGUUUCGUGUGUUCAAUGUAUCGUCAGUUCUAUGUUGUUUUGCAAUAUGACAUUGAGUUGAAUUUUAUUAUGUUGUACACUCGAAAUAUAAAGUCUUUUCUUUCCUGA